GCGGAUAAGGAUGCCGGUGCCGAUCUGCCGGCUGAGAUUAUGCUAGAUAGUUCCCACGUAAUAGUGUCAAUGCCCUUUCGACUCACCUCCCGUUCACUCAGUUCGUUGACGCGGCAAUGUGUUCUCUACGAAACACGACCAUCAAUUUCCUUAUGCAUACCGCAUAUUGUACGACUGCCAAUGCUCCAGGAGAUUCCCUCCUUGAGAUCUCGUCGGUUCAGCACACAGCCUCCACCUCAGUACUAUGAUAAUUCAAAAACUCCUCCGCCUCAGUGGAUACAUCGCGGAGACCUUACAAUGGAACGUUAUCAUGAAGUUUCCGACCAUGCGAUGGAAGCCUUGCUGGACCAACUCGAAAAUCUGUUAGACAAUGAAGCUCAAAGCAACCCUGACUAUGAAGUCGAGUACUCUAGCGGUGUGCUCACAUUAAAGCUGGGUGAACAUGGGACAUACGUGAUCAAUAAACAACCUCCCAACAAGCAGAUUUGGCUUUCCUCGCCCCAAAGCGGACCAAAACGCUACGACUACAGUGAAUUCGACAACAGCUGGUGGUACUGGCGUGACGAAAAGACACUGAGUGAAUUAUUAAACGACGAGUUGCAGGUCAUUCUUGGCAAGAAGCCUGGCAUCGCUCUAUGAGUGUGAUGGUAUCCUUGGGUGAAAUCAUAUUGCGUAAACAGACAUAACGAGUGCUAGGAUGAUAUUAUACAACGUUGAGAAUGCUGA